AUGGUGGAUUGUGAUUAUGGUGGUGGCGGCUAUGGUGGUAGAGGUGGACAUCGCUGGACAGAGACGAAGAAUCAGAACCGGUGUCACAGUCCGGACUCAGUUUUUUUGCUAGUGGAGCCGAAGAUCCUCCGCUACAAGGCGUACGAACCAAUCAUCCUCCUGGGUCGCCACUGCUACGCCGGCGUCGACAUGAGGGUCAAAGUCAAAGGCGGUGGUCACACCUCCCAGAUCUACGCCAUCCGUCAGUCCAUUGCCAAAGCCCUCCUCACCUACUACCAGAAGUACGUUGACGAGCAGUCCAAGAAGGAGAUCAAGAAGUUCGGUGGGCGUGGUGCUCCUGCCAAGUUCCAGAAGUCAUACCGUUGA